AUGUGGGGGGCGGGUCUUACCAGGACCAACACCCAGGACAGUCGAAGGAAUCCUUGGCACAAUGAAGCGCAAAAUCUCCCGGAUCGUCUAGAGGAGGUCGAGACACCACCGGAAGGUAGUGACACCAGUGACUCCGGUGAGCAUGGGUAUCGAUCAACGGUUGAGGGAACCUGGGGAGAACGAGAUGCGGGAGAUAUCAACACACAUGUGGCCGCCGAGGAGUUUGCGGUCCUGCGAGAGACGCUAAGUCAUAUGAGCCAACGGAGUGGGCGAAGCGGACUACAGCGACGACAUUCCAUGGCCCCGACGGAAAGCAGGAUUGAUGAGGAACUUGGUGAUGCCGGUGCUGCGACCGCCGAGAAAGAGGAUGAUUUCGAGUUGGGAGCUUUCAUGAAGGAGGGCCAUUUCGAAAAACGCAAGAAUGGACAGUCCGCUAAGAAAGUCGGGGUGGUUUGGAAAAACCUCACAGUACGAGGUGUCGGUAGCACAUCGACUUUCGUAAGGACAUUACCCGACGCAAUCAUCGGAACCUUCGGACCUGAUCUGUACAAACUUGUAUCUCGGUUUAUACCCGCAUUGAAAUUAUCUCGCCACUCUCAGACCCGAACUUUGAUCAACGACUUCUCAGGUGUUGUCAAGGACGGAGAGAUGAUGCUUGUUCUUGGUCGACCUGGAUCAGGGUGCUCUACCUUCCUCAAAGCGAUCGCAAACGACAGGGACAGCUAUGCCUCAGUAGACGGAGACGUUUCGUACGGCGGCAUACCUGCCGAGGAGCAGGGCAAGAAAUUCCGUGGAGAGGUUAACUACAAUGCAGAGGAUGAUGUGCAUUUCGCUGAGCUGAACGUAUGGCAGACGCUAUACUUCGCGCUCCUGAACAAGACGAAGAAGAAGGAGAGGGAACACAUACCGGUCAUUCUGGAAGCGCUACUGAAGAUCUUUGGAAUAUCGCACACCAAGUAUACGCCUGUUGGUAAUGAAUUCCUGCGAGGUGUGAGUGGAGGAGAACGCAAGCGUGUUUCCAUUGCUGAGACUCUGGCUACCAAGUCAACAGUAGUCUGCUGGGACAAUUCCACUCGAGGUCUGGAUGCUUCCACUGCGCUCGAUUACGCGAAGUCGCUUCGCAUCAUGACCGACAUCAGUAACCGAACGACUUUCGUGACAUUAUAUCAGGCCGGUGAAGGCAUUUACGAAUUGAUGGACAAAGUCAUGGUGAUCGAUCAGGGUCGGUGUAUCUAUCAAGGUCCAGCAAGUGAGGCGAGGAAGUACUUUUUCGAUCUUGGUUUCAAGGCUCCGGAGCGGCAAACUACUGCGGAUUUCUUGACCGCGGUCACUGAUCCGGGCGAACGGCAGUUCCGCGAAGGGUAUGAAGACAGUGUGCCAAAAUCACCGGAAGAUCUCGAAACAGCGUUCAGACAAUCGGAGAGCUACAAGCGAGCUUUGCGGGAAGUCGAUACCUACGAAGCAGCACUCGAGCGGUCAGACUACGUCGAUGCGCGAGAAUUCGAGGGCGCUGUCCACGAGGGCAAGAGCAAGAAAGUAUCGAAAACAUCGCCAUACACGGUCAGCUUCUUCCGUCAGGUGCUGGCUUGUACGCAAAGAGAGUUAUGGUUGACCUGGGGCGACAAGACGACACUUGUCACAAAAUUCUUCAUUAUCAUCAGCAACGGCCUUAUUGUGGGCAGCUUGUUCUACGGUGAAUCUCUGGACACAUCGGGCGCUUUCAGUAGAGGUGGUGCUCUCUUCUUCUCUAUCCUCUUCCUAGGCUGGUUGCAACUCUCGGAGCUCAUGAAAGCUGUCUCUGGUCGAGCGAUCGUCAAGCGCCACAACGACUACGCGUUCUACCGUCCUUCCGCCGUUGCACUGGCACGUGUCUUGCAAGAUUUUCCCUUGCUGCUCUUUCAAGUCGUACCAUUCGUCCUCAUCAUGUACUUUUUGACCGAGCUCGAUAUGGACGUGUCAAAGUUUUGGAUCUAUCUGUUAUUUGUUUAUACAAACACUAUUUGUAUCACUUCGUUAUAUCGGAUGUUCGCUUCGCUGUCACCAACGAUCGAUGACGCCGUGCGAUUCUCUGGAAUUGCUUUGAACCUCCUUAUCAUCUAUACGGGUUAUGUUAUUCCUAAACCACAACUGCUCCAUCAGUACAUCUGGUUCGGAUGGUUGUACUGGAUCAAUCCCAUUUCGUAUGCUUUCGAAGGAGUCAUAUCCAACGAGUUCUCUGAUCGAGUCAUGGACUGUUCGCCGUCCCAGCUCGUGCCUCAAGGGCCUGGCGUAAAUCCUGCGUAUCAAGGCUGUUCGCUAACCGGCGCCCAACCCAACUCACGGACCAUUCCUGGAUCCGCAUAUCUGGCGACAAGCUUCAAUUAUUCGAGAAGCAACUUGUGGAGGAAUUGGGCUGUAGUCAUCGCUUUUGCGGUCCUUUACCUGCUUGUCACUGUCUGGGGCACUGAAACAUUCUCGUUUACAUCAGGCGGUGGCGGCGCCUUGAUCUUUAAGAAGUCGGAUCGCGCGAAGAAGGCUGUCAAUGAGGCUCCUGCCGACGAAGAAAAAAUCGUCGCGGGCGAGAGCUCUGGGACUGGUCUGAGCGGCGAGACCACCGAAGAACAGCAGGAAGAAGCGCUAGAGCAGAUCUCCAGCAGCGAGAGCAUCUUCACAUGGCAGAACGUUGAAUAUACCGUUCCAUACCAAGGAGGUGAGCGGAAGCUCCUUAAUAAGAUCAAUGGGUACGCGAAGCCCGGCCUGAUGGUCGCACUCGUUGGUGCUUCGGGAGCCGGAAAGACAACGCUGCUUAACACUCUGUCGCAACGACAGAAGAUGGGUGUUGUUUCAGGCGAUGUCCUCGUAGAUGGCAAGCCUUUGGAUGUUGACUUCCAGCGUGGAACAGGCUUCGUUGAACAAAAUGACAUUCACGACGGGACGGCAACUAUCCGAGAAGCACUAGAGUUCUCCGCUAUUUUGCGUCAAGACCGGAACAUUUCCAAAAAGGAGAAGCUCGAAUACGUAGACAAGAUCCUUGAUCUGCUCGAACUUCAGCAAAGUCAGGAUGCUCUUGUCUCGAGUUUGGGCGUAGAACAAAAGAAGCGGCUGACUAUCGGAGUCGAGCUUGCAGCUAAACCGUCUUUACUUCUGUUCCUUGAUGAACCCACCUCCGGUUUGGAUUCCAACUCGGCGUUUAGUAUUGUGCGUUUUUUGAAGAAGCUUUCUUCUGCCGGCCAGGCGAUAAUCUGCACAAUCCAUCAACCAUCAUCGGUCCUCAUCCAGCAGUUCGAUAUGAUCCUUGCGCUCAAUCCGGGCGGAAACACUUUCUAUUUUGGCCCGGUCGGGACCAACGGGAGAGACGUUAUCAAGUACUUCUCGGAUCGAGGUGUUCAAUGUCCUCCGAGCAAGAACGUUGCUGAGUUCAUCCUUGAGACCGCUGCAAAACCGGUCAGACGUAAAGAUGGUACUAGAAUCAAUUGGAACGACGAGUGGGCUGGUUCGACCAACAAUCAAGAGAUGCUCCAGGAAAUUAACCGUAUAAAGAGCGAGCGUAGCCAGACGACUUCCAAAGCCAAGCACGAAGCGACCGAGUUCGCGGCAUCGGUUUGGCUUCAGACUCAAAUGCUUACGAAGCGCGUCUUCACACAGUACUGGCGCGACCCUUCCUACCUCUAUGGCAAGCUCUUCGUCGCCGUGAUUUGUUCGAUCGCAAACGGCUUCACCUAUUACCGUUUAGGCAACACCAUCGGCGACAUGCAAAACCGCCUGUUUUCUACGUUCCUGAUUCUCCUCAUUCCGCCCACCAUUGUCAACGCCGUCGUGCCAAAGUUCUAUACGAACAUGGCGCUCUGGCAAGCGCGCGAGCUGCCCUCACGCAUUUACGGCUGGGUUGCCUUCACAACUGCGCAAGUCGUUGCCGAGAUCCCCAUUGCGAUCGUCUCCUCGGUUCUCUAUUUUCUCCUGUGGUAUUACCCAGCCGGGCUUCCCACAGACAGCUCGACGGCCGGCUACGUCUUCCUCAUGACGAUGCUGUUCUACCUGUUCAUCUCGUCAUGGGGUCAAUGGAUAUGCGCUUUCGCGCCCAGCUUCACUGUGAUUUCAAAUGUUCUUCCGUUCUUCUUCGUCAUGUUCUCGCUGUUCAACGGCGUCGUGAGGCCGUACUCGCAGCUUGCGGUCUUCUGGAAGUACUGGAUGUACUACGUGAACCCGAGUACGUACUGGAUUGGUGGCGUGUUGGCAGCGACUCUGCAUGGGAUCCCGGUUGAGUGCCAGUCGAGCGAGACUGCACAUUUUGAUUCGCCAGACGGUCAAACGUGCAGCUCUUACGCUGGCUUCCUUUCACAGUCGCCGGGUUAUCUAUUGAAUCCUGAUGCUACGUCUGGCUGCAUGUACUGCCCAUACUCUUCGGGAGACGACUACUUGGCCACACUCAACAUCAAGGCUAGUGAGAAGUGGCGCGAUUUCGGUAUCUUCCUUGCGUUCUGCGUCAGCAACUGGGCCUUGGUGUACUUCUUCAUUUGGAGCGUUCGAAUCAAGGGUUGGAAUUUUGGGUUUGGAGCUGUCGGCAAGGCGGCUGGGAAAGCCAUGCGGGGGUUGAAGAGCAAGGGGAAGAAGAAGCAAGGUGAAGAGGAGGCCUAA